AUGGCGCGCGGACAAUGGGCGGCGGGGCGGGACCGGGGCGGGAAGGAGCCGCACGGUCGCGCCUGCGCGGGCCGGCCGGGCCUACGGGCGGUUGCCGCCGCUGAGGUGGGGUCUGGGGGACCCGCGGCACCGGGCAGCGCCGUGACUCAGCACAAACAACGGCGGCGGGAGGGGCGGGGGGAACGGUUUGUAACUGUCCCCGGUCACAUGGCGCGCGGACAAUGGGCGGCGGGGCGGGACCGGGGCGGGAAGGAGCCGCACGGUCGCGCCUGCGCGGGCCGGCCGGGCCUACGGGCGGUUGCCGCCGCUGAGGUGGGGUCUGGGGGAGGGGGGGGGCCCAGACCCCACCUCAGCGACAGCACCGCCCGUAGGCCCGGCCCCGGACCCCCCCCAGACCCCACCUCAGCGACGGCACCGCCCGUAGAUCAAAGCGCUGCUGGUUGUGCUCAGAGAACACAUUUGCGUAACUUCUGUCAGGCUGAGGCGCUGCCCCAUCGCUCUCUGGUACAGAAGGUGGAAAUCCUUGACUGGAAGACAAAGAAACAGCUAUGCUUCCUAGAUAAGGUGGAACCAAAUGCCACAAUUAGGGAGAUCAGACUGAUGUUCCAUAGAUUAUAUCCUCGGUGGUAUCCAGCAAGGCAGUCCAUAAAACUUGAUCCAAAAGGAAAGUCCCUGAGGGAUGAGGAAAUCCUGCAGCACCUCCCUGUUGGCACAACUGCUACCUUAUACUUUAAAGAUUUAGGGCCACAGAUAGGAUGGACUACGGUAUUUUUGAUAGAAUAUACAGGUCCAUUGUUCAUCUAUUUUCUGUUUUAUUUCCGCAUGCCUUUUGUCUAUGGACUGGAUGAGAGGUUUACAUCAAGCCCGCAUCCAGUAGUUAACUUGGCAUGUAUCUGCCAUUCUUUCCACUACAUCAAAAGGUUGAUUGAAACAGUAUUUGUUCAUCGGUUCUCCCAUGGGACUAUGCCACUGAGGAAUAUUGUGAAGAACUGCUUGUAUUACUGGGGAUUUGCAGCUUGGCUUGCUUAUUAUAUCAAUCAUCCUCUUUACACUCCUCCUUCUUAUGGGAAAAAACAGAUAAAUUUUGCUGUGAUCAUGUUUCUGCUAUGUGAAGCUGGAAAUUUUUCCAUUCAUGUUGCACUCAGUGACCUCCAGAGAAAUGGAUCCAAAACCCGUAAGAUCCCAUAUCCAACAAAGAAUCCUUUCACAUGGCUGUUUUUCUUUGUAUCUUGCCCUAACUAUACAUAUGAGGUGGGGACCUGGAUCAGUUUCACUAUCAUGACUCAAUGUGUUCCAGUGGGGCUGUUCACCUUGCUUUGCUUCAUUCAGAUGACAAUCUGGGCAAAGGAUAAACACUGCACCUACCUACGAGAAUUCAAGGAUUAUCCAAGUCUUCGAAUGCCAAUUAUUCCCUUUUUGUUGUAAGAAAAAAGGUUUAAUUUGAAUAUUGCACAGAACUUCAAGAAGAAAAAGCUCAUGAACCUCCUGCCAAAUAAGUGAAUUAAUUUAAAGGAUUUUGGUGCAUGUUGAAUCUCCGCAACUGAGGGAAAUUGUAUGCACUUCAGAGCUAUACUUCCUUACUUUCAAGAAUUCUCUGCUCAGAAGCACCUUCAAAAAAUAAGGCUUCAUUGCACAGCUGGUAGUCAAAAGCCCCUACAGUUCACUGUAAACUUAGAUUUUCCUGUACUAGUCUAUUUAGAUUGAUGGAUCAGAGAUACUGAGAAGUCUGGGCUGAAAAGCAGCUCCAAAUUUAGCAGUGGCAUUCUGCAAGACAUAAGUACAUUGGAACGAGGACAUACCAGCUAACUACUAGAGAGCUCAGCCAGCACGGCCAGCUGGCCCGAAGACAGUUGCAUGAUCUGCUGCCUUUGACUUGAAAAAGAAGAGUGUGCUGCCUGGAGGCAGGUGCUUUGUAACAAAUAACAUUACCAAAGAAUAUGAAUGGUUCCUGGAAUAAAGAAAUAGGCAAUAUCUCAAAUCCCCGAUUUGAGUCUAACCCCUAAUUUGCCAAAUGAAUCUGAAGUAAGAAAUAUUUGUAAUAUUUGUGCAGGUAACAUCCUGUCGGGGUUUUUUGUUUGUUUUUAGCCUUCUUCAUUAGUAAAUUACAUACUAGUAAAUAAGGUUCAGAAGACCUGAUCUAUGCUAUAUCUGUGCUAUGUGGCCUGUUUUCAUAUAACAAGUCUUUAUGAUACUAAAGGACAUUUUACGUAGCAUUUUAUGCCAGUGUUCUCUGAAUAGUUUUUAAUACACUUUGUAAAUACAUGAAGUGACUGCUAGUCCUCAGAAUGCUAGCUCCCUUCCUGAUUUCAGAGCCAGGGAGAAAAAUCAGCUACAUUUUUGACUUCCUGUGUUUUCUUUUUCACAAGAUGUUCAGUAGGACUUAGUUGGGUUUUAUGAAAUCUAGUAAAAAAGGACUAUUGCAAUCUAUCUGAAUAACAUUUUAAAGAAGGUGUUUUAGAAUAUGAAGAGAAUACAUAGAUGCUGUUUUGUUUCAUGAUUAAUUUAUUUAUCUAUAAUGGAUGUAUAGAAAGAUUUUUGCAACUAUUUGUAAGGGUGAAAUAUGCAAUAAAUUCUAGACUGUAUUUUGAAA